AUGACUUCACAUCUUCGUGGUUGGGUUAUCUACAUACUGCUUUUAUGUUUACGGUUUCUGUUUGUGUUCAAUUUGCAGUCGGGUUAUUUACAUCCAGAUGAGUAUUUUCAGGGGAUUGAAGUUGCAGCGGGUGACAUUUAUAAUCUGGACGUAUUAAGGACAUGGGAAUUUCACUUAGAUGAUAAAGGUCCUCUUAGGUCUGUAGCUGGAAUGUCACCUUUUGUACAUAUCCCGAUUCAGGCUGCCAAAUGGAUUCAUCGUGGAGUUGAUUAUAGAACUGAAGAAACUGAUUUCAGUGGAUCUGAUAUGUUAAAUAGAAUUCUGUUUCCCUCCCGGUUAGUCACUGUACUUGGUUCAUAUUUAGUCGAUCUUUUUAUAUUAAGCUGUUGUAUACGUGUCGAUCAUCAUCAAUUUUCAGCAAAGCAGACUAACAUUCAAAAAAUAUUACAUGCUGCACAAUAUCAUUCUGUACCAUCAGCUUUAUUACUUUAUGCAUCAUGCGCAUUCGGUGGGAGUUUAUGGUCUACACGUACAAUUGUCAAUGUAUGGGAAUCGAUUUAUGUUUCUUUAUUUGGCCUACUGUUCUUGAAAAUUUUGGAUCUUUUAGAGCAAUCAUCUGAUCCUACUGUGAAUAAACAAUCCUUAAUUCUUUUUAUGUGUAUUCAGUCUGCUGUUGUUGUGUGGGGUACAUUUUUACGACCUACUUAUAUUUUGUUCAUUCUUCCAUUAGGAAUGAUCGAAUUCGCAUUCAUCUUAGUAAAGUUUAAGUACGUUUCCAUGAUUCUUUGUUUACCAUCUGUUUUAUUUGUUUUUUUCAACACAUUCAUUUGUGUAAUAAUAGAUACGUUAUACUUUCACAAUGUGAGUUUAUUACAAGCUUCCCAGGUCGAUUUUUCACGAAUUGAGUUGAUAUAUACACCUUACCGGUUUUUAACUUAUAACUCCAACUCAUACCAUGUUUCCUCCCAUGGCUUACAUUCUCGAUUUACACAUUUCCUUAUUAAUUGGCCUUUAAUAUUUGGACCUAUUUUUACAUUUCGUUUAUUCACUCAACCUUUACAACGUCGUUCAGUUUCGUCGUGUAUUGCUUGGAUCAGUGUGGUAUUCCCUACAUUUGUUUUAUCUAUUGUACCUCAUCAAGAAGCACGUUUUCUUAUCCCAUGCCUACCGUAUGCUUGUUUCGUUGUUGGUCAGAGUAUUGAUGCUAAAGUAAGACAUACAAAACGAAAAGACGUUUCAUGUACUUGUAUAAGUAUUAUUGUACUAUGGAUAUUUCAUCAGUUUGUCUUGAUUUUAUUUUAUGGGUACUUACACCAAGCUGGUAUAUUUUCCUAUAUGAAAACCAUUCCAAGUAAUGUAACUGGAUGCGUCACUCAUGUAUUCUUCAGAACUUACAUGCCACCUCGUUUUUUGUUAAAUAUGCCUUUAGAAAAUUCUUCACAUUAUCCAUCACAAUCUUGCAAAUCACUUAUCGAUUUAGGAGGAUCUAAUGUGACAGUUGUGAACAAUACAAUAAACCAUCUUAAAACAUAUCAAAAUUUCUCAGGUAUACUCAAAUUGGCAUAUCCUGGAUCCAUACAACCGUUGGAAAAUUUACUUUUAUCCUCUUGGGGUAAUGUCGUCAUGUCUGAACAGUUCUUUCCACAUUUAUCAAUGGAGAAUCCGCCAUCCAUUCGUCAUCCUUUUGUUUACGAAAACCUGAAAUCUCAAUUAUCAUUACACGAGCCCAAUACCUUUGGAAUGACGAUUGAUAAACAUACUAUAUUCGAAACAUCUAAUUCCCUAACAGAAUCUGUCAAACAUUUACCAGGAAUUACAUUUGAAAGUCGAGUACUUGGCCAUUUCCAAAAUGCAGAGUUGUUUCAUUCACCUGCUUCACUACCUAAACUGACUCCAUCCCCAGACGUUAAGAAUAGAUCUCAUUUAUCCAGUAUAAACAAUAAACCAUUGGUUCUGAAUAUUUCUAAUCCCAGAUUUCCACCAAUAAAUCCAUCCAAAUCGAUAACUACCAAUGAUUUUAGCGGACUAUGGCCGCCAAGUAUCUCACUGUCUAACCGUAUUAUCAACAAAAAUAAUGAUGGUUCACUAAUAUUACAAAAUGAUGGUUUCGUUCCCCAAGCUCUGUCUGAUCAAGAUUUUCGCAUUCCAACUAGCAUAAUCAAUGAUCAAAUGGUUGUUCAAAACCCCUCAUCGAUCUGUCUUGCGGCAAAUAAUGUUUCUGUAACUAUUCCCCCUGCCUUACCGAACUUCAUCACUUCGUCUGCAUUUUGUUCUCCAACACAUUUCAUUCCAGAAAGUGUAAACACAGCUGUAUCAAAUCGAACAUUCUGUUUUGUCAGUUCGAGGAAUGUGGCAAAACUACCGAGUGUGUGCGUUCAUUCAACAUUAAUAAAUCAAAAAUUUCACUCUAGUAUUUCAGCUCCAGAUGUAAGUUGCUUUGGUGCAAUACCUUAUCAUCGUUCCCAACCACCCAGAAAAUCGGGGGAUGUUUCACAAGUUCCCGUUAGUACACUAGCUUCUUUUGUCAACGAAACCAAUCAUUUAGAAGAAUCCUGUCUUGAUAUAGCUAAUCUAAAAAAUGCUCCUGAUAAGUCGAUCCAGCAACAUGAGCCAUCUCCAUCUAAAAAUUUAUUCCAUUGUGAUUACUGUACUUUUACGUCUUCGAAUUCUGAUCGUCUUUCUCGACAUAUAAAUUCACGGCAUUUAUCAUUGCUUGAGCAUGAUAAGGUGAAACCUUCAUGUUUUCAAGUUUAUCCGACAACUUUAUCUGAUACUUCGAAUCAAAUUAUUAUCACAUCUGAUUAUUCUUCGUCAUCGUCAUCUUUGUUUUCGAUUACCAAUUCCAAUUCAUCGUUAUCGGUUACUGAUUCUACUUCUUCAAACGUAUUUGAAAUAACAGUAUCUAAUACUCCUUCAACUUUUACAACUCAAGAUAAGAAUAACUAUAGGUCUUGUAAUCUACCUCCAUACGAAUCGUUUCCAAAUAUACCGGUUACAGUUUGUAUAAAUAAAUCUACUUGUGAAAAUUCUUUACACAAUACUCUAUCGAAGUCAUCAAGUCGUCGGAAACAAAGUUUUCCAUUUAAGAUGCCGGAUGGUUCAAACCUAAUCCAAUCGCCUGUUGUUUAUUCGAAUAAUCGCUUUUGUGAUUUUCCACUUGAGAGCGUUGAAUUAUCAGUAAAUAAUAAAGGAAAUACACUUUUAAAUGAAUCCUCGGGUUCAUCCUAUGCGUCUGGUAGUACAUUAGAUGAUACCAGUGAUGAGAAAGACUCAGUAUUUUUAGGAUUUACUCAUAUGGGAUCAUCACAGAAAAGGCUACAUUCUCCGGAGGGUUCAGAAACAAGUUUAGUCGAUUCAUCGAGUCAACAAAAAAUUAGACAUCGAAAGAAUCGUAUUGCAAGUGUUCAUCAUAAUGUCACGUCAUUAGUUGAUCGUGGAAAGUCAAUCAAUUUUUCACCCUACAGGACAAUUUCAAAGCAGGAAACCAAAAGAUAUUUUACUAGUAAAGAGUCUACUCUUCUACCCGUAAACUCUUUUCCACUACGUGAUAUAUCAGUUACAUUGGAACGUUUAAAUGAUAUUCCGGAAUACAAUCAUACUGAUUCAGAUUCAUCUCUUAUAAAUAUAAGUUCCACCUCAUCCGAAUAUUCUUAUCAAGAUACCCAACGUUUGACACCAGAUAGACUUGAAAAUCCUGAAGUAGAAAAACAAAGAAUGAAAGAUGGGUUUUCUCUUUCUCAUAAUAAUUUCAAGCGUAGCGAACAAGGUACUCUAUCAGAUACACACAAUGAACUACAUGAAGACUCUGAGCAAAUUAAGAAACAUUCAUACUUAAAUGAGCUUUCAGUUGUAGUCUUAUCUCCAGUCGCCAUAGAUUCUAGUCAAAUUGAAAUACUUAAAAUGUCAAAUAGUCGUCGCAAACCAUCUGGUGAGAAAAGAUACUCUAAACAGCUUGAAAUUCCUGAUGAGUUUUUGACUUUGCAGUCUCGAAGUGAAAUGGAAGCUGAUGAACUUCAAGUGGAUAUUUUGACAGGAGAAAUAUUUGUUAAGAACAUACCUUUGCGAUCCCUAGUUACAGGUUUGAAGCGUCCACGAUUUUACCAGUUAGAAGUGGAUUAUAAAAAAUAUUUACCUCGAGGUGGUCGUAGUCAACCAUUUAGAAAUUCCAAAAAUCAGCAUCCUUUUUCAAAUAAUUCAAAAAAUGUACACAAAGUUAACAGAGUAAUUACAACAGUUAGCAAACGAUCAAACAAAGAAAAAAAGUAA